AACUGCCGCAGUCUGGGUCGUGGUCGAGACAUUGUGAAAAUUGAAACGAAAGAGAAGCAAAAAUACGAUCUUAUUUUUUCUGUCUCCGUGCUCUCCUCGGGACUCUGUGCUCCCAUAUAAAAACCGGUCCUUCCUUCAGUCUUCCUUUCUCUGUUCAUCCAUCUUUAUCUAUCCUUGACAUACACGAGACUUUUCCUCCUCUCUUUUUGCAAGACACAGCAUUUGCUAUUCCCUUUUAUAUCAGCAUAAUAGUGUCACUCACUUUCCAGAGGUGAAAUUCCCUGGUAGACGCAGAGAUGUCGCAGAAACCCAUCUUUGUCGUAACCCACCCGCGAGCAUGCUCGACGGCGUUUGAGAGGGUUUUCAUGACCCAACGGAAUAACAUCCAAUGUGUCCAUGAACCCUUUGGCGAUGCCUUUUACUACGGCCCCGAGAGGCUCUCAGAGAGAUUCGAAAACGAUGAACAGGCCCGGAUAGACAGUGGCUUUAGCAAAUCGACAUUCAAGACCGUUUUGGACAGACUUGAUCGUGAAGCUUCUCUUGGCAAGCGAGUCUUCAUCAAGGACAUCAUCCACUACCUCAUCCCUCCCAACGGCCAACCCGCCAGCAUCGCUCCGUCGCUCCAGAAGGUCAAACGUGGCGUAGGCACCCAGGAACAUGCCAAUGGUGAUGCUGCGGCCGUUGACACCAGUCGUGUCAACGGCAAGGCGGAGGGGAACGGCAAGGAGAACGGGGUUACAAAUGGGUCUCAUGCGGAAAAGAGCCCUCGUUCCAGCCACGCAAAGAUUGACAGCGGCGUCGAUCUCUCUGCUGUCCCGGUCGGGAGCAACGUAAAACCCAGUAUGGCCACCAUCAACGAACAGGGAACCAAACCCUACCCCUAUGACACAGAAGCCGAACCGGGCAAUCCCACCGUGAUGCCCACGGAGAUCUGGUCACGUUUCCAUUUUGCCUUCCUUAUCCGUGAUCCUCAUUUCAGUGUGCCUUCGUAUUAUCGUUGCACCAUCCCGCCGCUGACUGAGGUGACUGGGUUCCCCAACUAUGACCCGUCGGAAGCCGGAUACGACGAGGUCCGUCGCAUAUUUGAAUACCUGCGAGAUGUCGGGCUAGUCGGUCCUCACGUCACCACCCAUGACGACGACGAGAGUGCCAACGGCGAAGGUCUCAAGCCGGUUGUCAAUGGAAUCGGCGAGGGGAAGGAGUCCGGCGCAGAAAUUUGCGUAGUCGAUGCGGACGAAAUGCUCCAGAAGCCGGCACCAACUAUCGAAGCGUUCUGCCGUAGCGUGGGACUGGAUUAUGAUCCGAGCUUGUUGGAGUGGGACACGGAUGAGGACCACCAAUUUGCCAAGGAUGCGUUCGAGAAGUGGAGGGGCUUUCACAACGAUGCGAUCGAGUCGAGGGGCCUGACUGCCAAGAAGAAGAAACCGGCCAAAUCCGAAGAGGAAUUCGACGCUGAAUGGCGGGAGAGAUUCGGCGAGGAGGGUGCAGCGAUUAUCCGCAAGACGGUCGACGCCAACAUGCCGGAUUAUCUGUACCUCAAGCAGUUCUCGCUGCGAGUUUAGACGAAGAAACCAGGGGAAGGAGGGGGUG